AUGCAGGAGUUGGUUAAGGUCAGGCAGCACCAGCAAACUGCAGAAGCUAAACUCCAUUGCUUGACAACACGCCUUCAAGGAAUGGAGAAGGCACAGCAACAGAUGUUAUCUUUCUUGGCAAUGGCAAUGCAGAAUCCUGGGUUUUUGUCUCAGUUGUUUCAACAAAAUGACAACUGGCGCAUGGCUGACACAGGCAAGAAGAGACGGCACCCCACACUAGAACAAGGUGCAGAAGAUGACGAGCCUAUAGCUUCUGAUGGGCAGAUAGUGAUGUACCAGCCACCAAGGAAUGAGACCCCAAAUCCUUUUCUCAUACCAAUCUCGGAUUCAAAUGCAUCUUUGGAUCAGGAAAAUGGAGUGAAUGAGAUUUUCAUGAAUAUGGAUUUCAUGACUUCACCAAUGGAGAAAGACUUGCUGUCUUCAGAAAAUGGUGACCCAUUUAUGCUCACUGAUUUACUAGAUGAUGGUGAAUUGUUGGAGCAGCUUCUACUAGCUGGUCCAUUCUUGGAGAAUGUUGAAGAGACUGAGUCAAAUAUUCCAGAGUCCAUGGAUACUGGGAUGGAAAUCGAAUCAGCAGAAUAUAAUUCCAGUGUAGAUGUUAUGCGGAAGGUGGAAUCAACUGGACAUGAUAACAGUUUAGAGACCUCACAGAAGUUGGACAUCCUAACGGAACAAAUGGGACUUCUAGCAUCUGAAACUGAUAGCACACAAGAGGUUUCUUCCAUUUCUAAAUAA